CGCUGACGGGCAUACUUCCUCUCGACCUCCGUAUCAAAGAGGCGGCCACAAUCUUCGAGAUCAGGAAAGGAAAAAAGAAGCACGCUUACGGAGAUAGGGAGGUCGAGCGAGAGGUAGAGUUUACCAACACAGCACACCCAGCGCACAGACCCCACCUACAGUAUAAACACCUGGAGAGUCAGGAGCAGAUCGACAAUCUGACAGACUUGGACACAAAAAUUUAUACGGACGGCAGCGGACUCGAGGGCAAGGUUGGAGCGGCGUUUUCCUUAUGGAGAAACGAGCUCGAAACUGAGUCCAAAAAGUUUAAGCUGUCGUCCCAUUGCACAGUCUUCCAAGCCGAGCUCCUGGCUCUCCGACAUGCAAUUGAGGCAGCCCGAGUAAAACCUGGAUAUUCCUUUGGAAUAUUCAGUGACUCAAGGGCUGCCCUGGACACUAUAUGUAGCAGUGAGACGAAACACCCGCUUGCAAAGCAGGCACAAGAUGACAUACGCCAAGCUAUGCACACGGGAAAAACCGUCUCGCUAUACUGGGUGAAAGCCCAUGUAGGGAUUAUAGGAAACGAACGCGCGGACGAACUGGCAAAGCAGGCUGCGCUGCAUAUUAAAACUAAACCGGCAUACGACCGAUGUCCGAUUCAUUCAUGA